CUCGGACCGGUUACACCGGGUGGCAUCUUAAGUGCAAAUCACUGGACAAUUUACUUGCUUGUUGGUAAUGGACAACUUAACAUGAAGAUGAACCUAAGCCCUAAUAAGACUCGGGGAAUCUAUGAAGUUACAGAGCAAGCUUAUAAAUGUUCUAAUACUGCGGUACAAUUUUUCAAUUUUCCUACUAAGGAAAGCGUGACAGUUGGUUAA